AUGUUCUAUGUUUUCUUUGGCUUGGGUGCAUCUCUGAAGUGGGUGGCUGGCCCAGCUAAUGUAUUGCUUAUUGCAUUAGCAUUUGGUUUUGCACUGGCCACUAUGGUCCAAUCUAUUGGCCAUGUCAGCGGUGCUCAUAUUAACCCAGCAGUCACUUUUGCCUUCCUUAUCGGCUCACAGAUGUCCCUGUUCCGUGCCAUUUUCUACAUUGCAGCACAACUGCUAGGAGCAGUAGCCGGAGCUGCCGUUCUGUAUGGUGUCACUCCUGCAGCAAUCCGUGGCAACAUGGCCCUUAACACGCUCCAUCCUGGUGUAAGUCUUGGCCAGGCAACAACAGUGGAGAUUUUCCUCACCCUCCAAUUUGUGCUUUGUAUCUUUGCCACCUAUGAUGAAAGGAGGAAUGGGCGCUUGGGAUCUGUGUCUUUGGCUAUUGGAUUUUCUCUCACCUUGGGACACCUCUUUGGGUUGUAUUACACUGGUGCCAGUAUGAACCCUGCAAGAUCAUUUGCUCCAGCAGUACUCACUAGAAAUUUCACCAAUCAUUGGGUCUAUUGGGUUGGCCCCAUCAUCGGUGGAGCACUCGGAGGUCUUGUGUAUGAUUUCAUCCUCUUUCCAAGAAUGAGAGGGCUGUCAGAGAGACUUUCAAUCCUUAAAGGAGCUCGACCUGCAGAGCCUGAAGGCCAGCAGGAAGCAACGGGAGAGCCUAUAGAACUGAAAACACAAUCUCUAUAA